AUGCCAAAGUUACUCCAGCCAAGCGUGUACAUGGACACGAACGGGAAAUAUUUCGCCGAGCCAGCCGGUGACCGAAGCGACUACUAUUGGAUCACCGUAAAUUUCUCUGAAGACUUUGAUCGCCGCGGCCGUAGAGAUCCAGACAUUAUGUGUUUAAUAAAGCACCAGAUCGUCAGAGGCUGUUUCACUGUAGACGAUCGGGCAAUGCAUAGAUUUGGGGAAAAAUGUCUCUCGUUCCCUAUCAAGCGUGAUAUUGAUACCCCUCUACCUAGGUCAUAUACGCCUGACCAUACGCACCCAGAUCUUCUUCUUGCUGAGAAUCUUGCGGGGAAGGUUAUUCUAGAUCAAAAGAUGGUUUUUGCUGAGACUCGCCGUAAGAAUAAGGAGGUGAGGUUAGAGGACAUGUUAGAUGUGAGACAUGUUUUAAUGGAUCCCUGGAAGAUAUAG